UUGUAAACGUGGAGGAACAAUUAUGCAGUUUUCACAGCUUUGCCUUUUGUUGGCGCAAUUUAUCCUUGCUCGUAUAUGUUUUUUGUUAAUAUCCAUCACCACAAUUUACCCUUCAAUUUCUUUUACUGGUAGUCCAAUUUUGACACACCUGUCAAAUUGAUAUAUUGUAUUACUAAUCUGCCACAGUAUAGCAUUAGUAGUAUUUUACCAUUCCCACUUAUUACAGAUGUACUAUUUAAUUGACCUGUUUUUUUGUGUGAUUUGCCUGGUUAAUGUGUUUGGAUUUGGGGUAUUGUGGUUAUUGUGUGAAAUGUAACCAGUUGCAACAUGUUCAUACUUAAUCGAGGGAGUGGAAACAUGAGUCGUUAUAUAGCUAUUAAAUAAUUAAUAAUAUUUUUAGUGAAAUGCUUUCAGUGAUCGCAGUCUAUGGUUGAUUUCGGCAAACACACCUGAAAAGCGAUUUUUAUGAGUGACGUCAUUAAGACCGUAAUCCCGAAGCUGCGACCAUGGAGGAAGUGAGAGUAUUCCCACUGUCAUGUGUGGUUCAAAAAUAUGCUUGGGGAAAAGUGGGGCUCAACAGUGAAGUAGCCAAACUUGUUCUUGGAGGGGAUCCGCAAGCAGUAAUCGAAAAUGACCAACCGUACGCCGAGCUGUGGAUGGGUGCUCACCCCAAAGGAGAUGCUCUCAUCAAAGACAAUAGGAUAUCACAGCGGACACUGGGCCAGUGGAUCGCAGAUUGUCCAGGAUGCUUGGGGUCAAAGGUCAAAGACACCUUCCAAGGACAGCUGCCCUUCCUGUUCAAGGUCCUAUCAGUAAACAAUGCACUUUCAAUUCAGGCUCAUCCUAACAGGGAGUUGGCAGCCAGGCUACACGCUCAGUUUCCUGAGCACUACCCUGACAGUAACCACAAGCCAGAGAUGGCCAUUGCCCUGACUCCCUUUGAAGGCCUCUGUGGCUUCCGACCUGUGGAAGAGAUCAUAGGGUUUCUGAAAUCCGUGCCGGAGUUCCACGCCCUGGUGGGCAACGAGGCGGCGGAGGAGCUGCAGAGCAGCACAGGAGACGCGGUGCGCCAGUCCCUCGCCCUCAAAAAGUGCUUCACCAGGAUGAUGAACUGCGAGAAGAAAGUGUUUGUGGACCAGCUCAACAUGCUGGUGAAGAGAGUGUCGGAGGAAGGGGCUGCGGGGAAGGACACGUCAAGCAGUAACGGCGAACUGUUGCUACGGCUACACUCACAGUUCCCUGGUGACAUCGGGUGCUUCUCCAUCUACUUCUUGAACCGAGUGAUACUUCAGCCGGGGGAGGCCAUGUUCCUGGGCGCCAAUGAACCACAUGCAUACCUGUCUGGAGACUGCAUUGAAUGCAUGGCGUGCUCGGACAACACUGUGCGUGCGGGCCUGACCCCCAAGUUCAUCGAUGUCAGCACGCUAUGCGAGAUGCUCAGCUACAGCCCCGCCCCGGCUAGCUCCAAAAUCUUCCCCUCUAUCCAGGACCCAGCAGACCCCUACGUCUUCCUGUACGACCCCCCCGUACCCGACUUCACGGUCAUGAGGAUACAGGUGCCAGGCUCGGUGAAGCAGUACACGGUCUCUCCGGUGGACUGUGCCGGGAUCCUGCUGGUGGUGCAGGGGGAGGCUGCCGCCUCCUCGGCUGGCUCCCUGUCCGACAUGGCCCUGACGCGGGGCUCCGUGCUCUUCAUCUCCGCCAACGAGAGCGUGGUCCUGCACGUCACCUCUCCCGCCGGCAUGACGCUGUUCCGGGCCUGCUGCCUCUUAUAGCGCCCCCCACUGGCCCCCUUCUCAAAGCAACCCCUCUGUCCGGAACCCAGGAGGCCCCUGGCUUCAGAUCAGCAGGGAUCGCCCAAGGCCAGGUGACCUGGGCUUUUAAACAUCACAGUGUGGUCAUUAUAGUGUGGAUUCCACAUGCGUUACACAAUUAUAUAUUACACAGACAUGUACACACACAUACAUACAUACACACACACACACACCCACACCGUGUGGUCAUUAUAGUGUGGAUUACAGGUGUUACACAAUUAUGUUUUACACAGAUAAGUACAUACACACUCACACACAUACACCACACCACUGUGUGGUCACUACACAUGCGUUACACAAUUAUAUAUUACACAGACACAUACACACACUCAUAUCCACAGACAGUGUGAAGUGUGCAGUUCAGUGUGAAUUUGCUGUGAUUCAUCCUGUCCUUUGGGUUACCUUUGCUCGGGAUAGCGUUAUGUUUAGCACAAAAACAGUAUUCUUACAUUUUCUUAGUAUAGCAUUGUUCCUCAUACAUUUUCUCUGUAAAGGUACUUAAAAUAAGCGAUUUCUGACUGACCAGCAUUUCAUCUCUACCCACCUGGGCUGGGGGUAAAUACAUUUGCAUUCACUGUAAAGGAAUGAAAGAAAAAUUCUGCCUGAUAAUGACUUGCGGAAACACCAAGAUAAGUGCUCACUGCUGCAUUAUUUAUGCUUUGCCCAGUGUGUGCCUGUGCAUGCUGACACACACUGAUAUCAAACUGCCAUAGGGAAUGAACUGUUCCAUACAGUAUGCUGUAAAUACAUAAAAGUAUUUUUGAUUUGAACUACAAUGAAAUGUACAGAUAAAUUAAGUACUUCCUUCAAUUUAAUUUACCUUGUUGAAUUAAGGUAUUCACUUGGGUUUAUUUAUGCUUUGUUAAAUGUUACCCUCAGCUCCAAGGCACAUAGAAGAGUGCAUAAACACUGGUUAUUGAAUCCAUCAUACUGUGUCUGUUUAGUUCAGAAGUAAAUAUUACACAAUACUGAAUGAAUUUACCCAUUUAAUGUUACUGAAUUUUCCACCAUGUGUCGAUACAUUACUUUGAGGUAAUUUGCACUAUAGACCUGAGGAUACGUUAUCAUUUCAUAAUCAGUUAGUUGAGCUCAAUGCACGAGAGACUUGAUGUCCGUUGUCUUGAUAAAAUCCCCUCAGGUCAGAUUAAUGGCAUUUAACCAUGCGAGAAUGUGUUUGUCUGCACAGGUACGGAAUAAGGAAAUGCACUGUUGGAAUGAGUCUGCAUUUUUGAGUAUAGCAUGGGUUUGUGAAGAGAGCAUCUGUGAUGUGAUGUAAUGUAAUGUAAUGUAAUGAAUCCAAAUAAACAUGCGGUUAGUAAUA